CGGCAUAUCCAUCUCAAAGGCAUGACAAUAAUGAGCACUAGACAGUUAUUUAGUUUAGGGUUCAUGGGGAUUUCAUUCAUUUCAUGGUACAAUUCAUCAUGCAGUGACAUCGGUUGGAAAACUAUUUAGCCCUAGUAUGGGACUACUCAAAAGUACACACCCAUGACUCCAACGCUGCAAGAUAGUCCUUACUGUUCAAAAUAUAUAAACAGAAAAGAUAACAGCUAGUGGUUUUCCAUAAGUAUGAUGUGCUUUGAACCAUCGAAAUGCAAAGUACUUAUGCAAGCUUGGCAGGAGCCUAUGCCUGCUCUCAGCCUCAGUUGUGAGCCGUUGGAAGUAGUCGAAACGUUCAUGUAUCUGGGUAGUUGUCCAAAUGCUAGUGGAGGUGUGAGUGAUGACAUUCCCAACCGCAUAUCGAAAGAAAGAGCAGCGUACAUCAAUCUAGGCCAACUUUCGUGCCGUCACGACGUUGGUCUUACUAUAAAAGAUCAGGAAUACAACAUUUCAGCGCGAGCAGUUCUAAUCGACGCCUAUGAAACCUGAGGAUGUACGACAACUCUUUUUGUUCGAUCAUUCUUGUCUCCGUAUAAUGGCUCGUAUACGGUGGCAAUACCACGUAAGUAAUUCCGAAGUACGAUAGCGUGUGUUUGGGUAUGAUGCAGAACGUCAUUCAAUAAGUGAAG